AUGACCGACAAAGUGCCGGAGGACAACAAGCCGGCCGACAGCGCGGCCGAGACAAAAGAGGAGCCCAAGAAGGAAGAGGCGCCCCACGAUGCACUCGUUGGACCCGUCUCGCCAAGUAAGGAACAAUGUCAAAUUAUUAUGCGUGAAUGGAGAAGAACGGGGAAUCACGGUGUUUUUGAAGGGAUGGCUAACAAAGAGAAACUCAGAAAGUUCGGAAAAAUACGAUUUUUUAGAUUCAAAUUUUUUAGCGAAAAAUGUGAACAGUCGUAAUUUUAAGACUUUUUGGCCCGCAGAAAAAGGGGAAAUUUUUGUAAAACACGAUGUUGAAGUCCAAUUUUCCUUUGGACCUAAAACGGAUUCUUAUCAGCAAAAUUGACCACCCUCAUUGUCAUAAAGCAUCAAAAAAGUAACCAAAAAAUCGCUUCUUUGUCAAGGAAAAGUAGCGGGAUGAAUGGGCAAGGCAUGUUACAGUCCUGGAGAAGGCCACAGAUGUAACAAGAACAUUCAUAAAUUCAUCCCCCCUCCUUUGUAAAACCUCAACAAACAUCAUCUUUGUCACGUGAUACCUUUUGAUACCAUAAUCCGUUUCAUUUGCUUUUGAACUCCAAAAAAUCUCUUCAUAGCUCUAUAAAAUCUUCUGCUUGAAAAAACUAGACUAGACUCCCUAUUACGUUCCCACAUACCUAAAACAAACCUCAUUUUCCAUUUCCAGGUGACGUCUCCCAUCCCAGCGUCUACGAAGACGACCAUGCCUUUGAAGAGGAGGAUGAAGUCUCCUAUGCCGGUAGUCUGGAUGAAGAACCCAUCAUGCCAGACAACGAAUUUCAAAGCAAUAUGACGCUAAAUGAGCUACUCAGCAACUACCCUGAUCUUCGAGCAGGAGAGACAAUUGCUGAUCAUUUGCCGGUCCCUCCGGACGGAGGUUACGGCUGGGUUGUGGUGGCGGCGGCAUUCUUCAACAACUUGGUGGUCGAUGGAAUCGCAAAUUCGUUUGGGCCGUUUAUGGGGGCAUACGAGAGGGAGUUCAAAGUAAGUGGAGUUGGUGAAGAAAAUCAUGGGUGAAGAAUCAAUUAAAACUGGGUUGAAAAGCAGUAUACUGCCUAUAGGCUAUAAUUCUUUAAAAGUUGUUUUCUUCUUGUGAUUGCUUAUGAAGUUUUUUAAAGCUUUUAUGGAUAAUUUUUGAUACCUUUGGAGGUCUUUCGCCAUUUUUUUUGACAGAAUUAUAUUUUGAGCUUUUUUGACUAGCUGACAACCAGGCAAAAUACAGAAAUGAUCAAUUUAGAAGCUUUCAAAGUAAUAAUGGACACCUUUUGAUACUUUUGGAACAUUUUUUCUUGUUUUUCCGAAAGUUGCAGGAUGUUGGUUGACAACAUAAAAAGUAUAAAAAAGUUUGAUUUUUUGCGAUUUUCAAACCGAAAGUUGUCGUUUUUCCGGUCCCAAAAUCCUUCUCUUCAGGAAUCCAAAGCCCUCACCUCAUUCAUCGGCUCCCUCCUGAUCGGCUGUUGUUUGUUGUGCGGUCCGGUCGCUGGUGGACUGCUCAACCGCUACGACGCACGACGCGUCGUAAUCUGUGGUGCUCUUUUCGCGGCGUUGGCUUUCAUCACCUCAACGGCUUCGCCCAAUAUUUUUGUUCACUUGUUGUUCUACGGAUUCUGCGGGGGCGUCGGCUUUGGGCUGAUCUAUUUGCCCGGAAUCGUUGUUGUUAGUCAGUAUUUCGAGUCGAAGAGGGCGUUGGCAACGGGAAUUGCGGUCGCCGGAAGUGGAUUUGGAACGUUUGUUUGUCCGCUGAUCUGCAAGUUUUGUAUUGAACGUAAGUGAAAUUUUUGAAACAUUAGUUAUGUUUCAUUUUUGAAAGAAAAGAUUGAGGAUCACUUUUGAAGUUUUUAAAAGGUAUCCCGGAUUACUUUUGAUCGUUUUUGAAAAUGGUCACAUUUUUUCGAAAUAAAAUUUUUCAAAGACAGUUUUGAAUUAUCACAAAUGUUUUUGAGGAUACCUUCCGCAGCAUUAUUAAAUACUCAAGGAUACCUUUUGAGGUUUUUUGAAAAAUUUCAAUUUUUCCCUGAAGGUCAUCGUUCAAUUUUUCCCUGAAGGUCAUUUUUUACCCCAAUUAACUUUCAGAAUAUGGCUGGCGAGUUGCCCUCUACGUCUGCUCCGUUUUGAUCAUAAUGGCCGCUGGAAUGGGCGGCCUGUUUGAGCCACUGCCAAUGCCGGGAGACGAGCCAAAGCCCGGCUUCAAAGAGCGGCUCCUGAAACUCUUCAAAAAAGCCGAAAAGAAGAAUGAGGCCAGACUCGCAUCGGUAAGGAUAAACGGUUGUAGACAGGGAAGUAAACAAAAAAAUUAUGAAAAAAGGCCGUAUCGAAAACAAAAAUUACUUUGAGAGGAAAUAUAAGACCCUAAGGCGCUAAUAGCAACCCGUUAAAUAGUCGUUAAGAAAUUUUAUUUCAACUUUUUCAGCGUCAAACUUCGGUUGUAUCGCACGCUGCCAUCCACAAAGACCUCGCAUCUCGUCCAGACUCCCAAUGCUUCAGCGAGCAAAGAGAAGAUGGGCAUCCACUUCUCAACGACGAAACCCAUCGUCAAUCGACCAUUGAAGAAGAAGGAGUUCAAUCUCCGUCGACUCCGAAACGCCCAGCCUUAUCGCCAAUCACCGAGAAUCGAGUCCUCAACAAAAGUCGCGCCGGCUCCCAACACAUUGCCAACGAGCGGUUUCAGGUGGCUCCAGUGAGAGCAAGAAAGCACACGCUCACCUCAAUGGCUUCAGAUUUGAACUCCGACUUUCGACAGAGUCGAGGGAAUCUGGUGGGGCAAUUGAGCCGGAUCUCGGUUCGCAGCUAUGCUCAGAGUUUGAGCAGGCUAAGCCAGUCUCAAGUCAUCACGGCCGGAGAUAGUAUGGCCAGCAUUGCGCUGAGUGGAGUUGAUCCCAAAGAAUUUACAAGGCCGUUCAGCCGGAAGGAUAUCUUUCUGCAAGGGUCAAUCAAGAAUCUGCCAGAGUUUGAAGCGGAAGGUCAGUGGGAAGGGGAAAUGAAAAUUUAGAAAAAUCAAGAUCGAUAAUGUUAUAGUAAAACGAUGACAAUCAUCAAUGAAUUUUUGCAAUUUUAACUACCGUUUUUGCUCUUUAGAAAAAAGGUCUUCAAGAAGACUUAAUUAAGAAAAUUUAUAAAAUACGUACACGACAAUAAUGCCUCAUAAUUUCAGGUCACGAUUUCAAGAACUACCGCGAGUCCCAGAUCUCAAUCCCAGCGGCCGUGGUCGCUCAAACUGCCAGCAAAUCAACGUCUCGCGUUGACAUUGCCGAGAUCUCCUCACGCCUUGGCGGAUCCCGCUACAGUCGAAUCGGAGGCCUCGAGAACAUCGAGAACGACCCGUACUUUGACUUCCAAGACGACUCCAAAUUCAAAUGGAUCCCCUACGCAAUCCGCAACUCCUUCAACGAAAUGAUCGACGUGAAUCUGUUGAUGGAGCCGGUGAUGAUGCUGAUGUGUGUCAGCAAUAUCAUCGGGAUGCUCGGCUUUUAUGUGCCGUUGGUUUUUAUCAUCGACCUGGCCCAAACACGAGGAGCCACCGUCUCCGAGGGUACCGCCCUGUUGUCUGUUAUUGGCGUUACGAACACCGUGGGAAGGGUCUUCUUCGGCUGGAUGGCGGAUCGACGAUGGCUCAGUGCAUUGACGAUCUCGAAUGCUUCGCUGAUUUUGUGCGGGAUGCUGACCAUGGCCUGCUAUUUUUGCGGACUUUACACAAUGUUGAUGGGAUAUGCCGCGUUGUUCGGAUUUGUUAUUUGUAGGUUUUUAUCGAUUUUUUUGACAUUAGCGAUGUAUGAAACAUGUAAAAUUAAUCUCAAAAAUUAUUAUGUUUGUAAAAUACGGUAUGGCUACCAAAUGUUAAAUAACAAACAAAAAAUAUUUUCUAUUUUUAAUAUUUUUUUCAAACCAAAUACAAAAAACACUUUUUUUUCAGCGGCAUACAUCUCAUUGACAUCGAUCGUUUUGAGCGAUUUACUGGGUGUAGAGAGAUUGACCAAUUCAUUCGGGUUGUUGGUCGUCUCUCGUGGAUUGGCGUCGCUGAUGGGAACACCUCUGGCAGGUAAGGCAUUUAUUUUUUUGGGUUUUACGAUAACGUUUUCUGGUCAUGAUCACGCAGGACAAAAAAACUACGUAUUUUACAAAAAGAAAUUUUUUUUGAAAAUAAAAAAAUCUGUUCUUUUCAAGAAAAAACCCAUCGUAUAUAUUUACGCCUGAUACCACUAAUUUUUUUUUUAAAAAAUCAUCGUAUAAAAUGUCGCCUUUUCUAUGUAGACAAAAUAUUACUUAUUUUUUGCCCACCUGAUUACUAUUCUGGCAAAAUUUGAAAAAUUAAGACACAUCAGUUACAAACUCCCAAAAAAAAAUUUCAUCGUAUAAAAUGUCGCUUCCCAUUUUCUUCCACAAAACCGUAAAUUUUCAGGUGUGGUCUUCGACGUCACCAAAUCCUACGACGCAACCUUUGUCGCGGCAGGCUUCAUGUUCAUUUUAUCCGGAGUGUUCGGCCUCAUGGUCGCCAUUUUCCAUCGACGAGCGCGAAGUCAGCUGAAAAACGAAGGCGAUUAUCAGCUGAAGGAGGCGGAUCAGCAGAGCGGAAAGCUCAGUGUGCUGACCGAGCGUUCCGAGGAGAACUUGACGGAAUAUCAGCGGACAAUUCAGAGCUUAAAAGCGCAGCAUGAGUUAAUAAGGGAGCUGGAGAAUUACAAAGCCAAAGGGAAGGUUAGUGUGGUGAAUGAAGAGGAAGAUGCGGCUGGAGAAUACCACUAA